CGCAACCACGUGACCAAUAGCGUUCCGGACAAGUCGAUAAUAUGAUAGAUUCAAACCCUUUUCACCUAAACCCGUUAGUCCACAAGGGGGUGGGAUGUAUGGGCAUAAACUGGUAUCACUGGAAAUCCCGGCUCAAAACUAGGAAAAUCCAGGAUAAGAAAGACGUGCAUUGUUCUAUCAUUACCUUACGUAUGGAAAGACAGAGGCAAUAAAAUCAGCUGGUGGAAUAAAUUAAAUUACGACGCAUCCGUAUUCGGCUGAGCAGUAAACAUGCCAGAGGAAAUUUUGCCUACAGUGGAUUAUCCACCGACUAUACGUGGAAGUUUGCGUUUAAUGUUGCAGCUGAAAGACGCUUUACUGGGAAGUUUUAAUUUAGUUGAAGAAUAUCGGGAUCAACUCCUUGCCUGCAAGCAUGGGUUUACACGCAGCUUGGUGGUAUAUCAGCUAACGAAGGGGCUGGCCAGUAUAACAAGGCUGCGUGAAGACCUGGCCAAUGUGGAAGCACAAGCUGAAAGCCGAUUAAAAAGGAACCUGGCAUUAAGGGAGUAUCUUUUAGAUAAAUAUAGCAUAUCAAAUGAUAAAUCCGGUUCUACUGCCGGUAUUGUCAGUCGAAUAGGCCAGAAUCCGGAGGCUGAUCCAAGUCGCCCUGGUACUGGGACUGCAGUACUUGGAAAUGCGAUUCCUCCCCCUUUGUCCGCACCAGAUUCGGUGGAACAAGCAUUGCAUGGUGGUAUGGAUCAUUACAAAGGUACAGUCGACGUUGACGUCCUAGACGUGCCAGAGGAAAUCGAUCUCGCAACCACUACAACGGGAAGCGGUACGCAUUUAUUGCCAGUGGUCGAGUUUUAUAGAGGAUUUUUCUUCCUCCAAAUGCAUUUUCAGAUCAUAAUGUGUCAAGCCGCGAACUACGCCAUGCCCGUGGUCACACGGCCCAUGACUUUGUCGGAGCGCGCCUUUGCAUGGCCCACAAUACCGAGUUUUGGACUGGCCUCCACUACGGGUGCGAUGAAGGAUCGGUUGUUGGAAAUACACACCGAUGUCGUUGCGUUGGCUACAAGACUGACCGAGUGCCUAGCGCUCGUCAGGGAGAAAAUGGUCCGCGAUCGCAAGAUAGAGUCCUACUUCAUGCAACAUACCGCAGCACAGGAAGCUUUACGUCGGAACCUUCUUCGUAACCUACAAGCGCAACGUGUUUACAUAGAGUGUUUGGAGACCCAGAAUGACCGACUUGCAGGUCUCGCUAUCAAAAUCGACCCAAAUUUCGCAAAAUCCGCUGAUUUUCUCAUGAUGACUGGCUCCGGGGCCGGUUUCCAAAAUACGGUUAAGCCCAACUUGACCGCCUCUAACCAGAACAGCAUGAUAGUGAGCUCUCGAGUAAUGAGUCAAAACAGAGAAGACAGCGAUGAUGAUUACCCGGGCAGAGAGAGAAAUAAUCACAGGGGUCAUGGUGGAUCUGCCGGAUUUGAAGAAAGACGAUAUGAAGACGAGUACAAAGAUCAUAGAUCUGCAAAUGGAAGUAGGGGGCGCGAAUUCGGAAAAGCGAUGAACCGGAACGAAAUGGAAAAGGAUGAUCCAGAGAAUGUCACAAAACGCCGUAUAACGGCUGCGGAACCGUCUAACUCAAACUAUGAGCUAAAUGUACAGGACGCGAAUAUGAACUAUUCAGCAAGCGGAGGAGGACGUCCACCAAUCUGGGUACAUCAGGGGACACUAACCUCGAGGACCCAAGGAUACUCGAAGAGCAGAAACGACUACAAGCAAAUCAACCUAGAGCUGGAUGCUACGCAAAAUCUGGAAGCGCUCCGCGGAAACUCACAAGCGGUUGAAGAGCUUUUGAUAGGGGUUGAUUCAGUGGCUUUCGGUAGGCGAAGACCAGUCGAUAAUUUGGGACAGUUACCAAGCCCAUCCUUUUUAAAUACAGAACACUACGUGACCUCAAUAUGCGAUGAUGUCUUUCGCACGACGCCAUACGACGGGGUAUCUGCCAGCAAUAAGUCUUCUGCUCACUCGAUUAUAAAAUCGAAUGGCAGCCCGGGAGCUUUGCAGCCUAUGUCCGCGAGCACCAGGUCUAGUGAAGUGGAGUUGAUGGGCUCGGUUAUGUCAGAUGCACAACCAGCGGUUGCUAUGGUAAGUAAACAAUCAGAUAACACUAUAAAAUCCCAGGGCGCUGUGCAACAAGAAGACAGAAAACGAUUGAGGGAUAGCCAAAAUAUUAGACGUGAACAUGGGCCGAAUGCCGUAGGAGAGAAUAGCUCUGAGGCGGGGCUGGAAACAGAUGCAACUGAUGAUACACUGAGUGAAAUGUCACCAAGAGCCAAGAGGUUUGAACAAUCUAGUGAUAAGGACCAGAUUCAUCCAUCGCACCUACUGGCACAGGAGUCAUCACCAAAGCCCGUGGAUACUAACGUGAAUGCCAGUGACAUCGUCCUCCCCAGAUUGGUUUCCGAUGUCAAGCGUUCAAUUCCACGCGUACCGUGCACAGCGAAACAAACAAUGCUUUCGACAUUACAGGCACAGACGGAGAGAGUGUUAGAGAGAAAUCAGCCGUACGCGCAUCCUAGAGAAUGCGAGAGCGCUCAGCACCUACACGGUCUUGAAAUCCUAAGGCCGAAAGAUCGUUACGGGAGUGACUCUCUUCGGAAUGCCAGUGAACGCUGUUUGCGACAAGUUCCAGCCGUGGGGGUUGCAGAAUGUGGACACCUCUGCAUGCCGGAAUGGAUAGCCAAACGAGAGGAAGGCAAGGUAUACAAAGUCGAAGACUUGCUAGAGGAGCCAAAACGUUCGGCACUGAGUAAAGCUAUGCUGACACACAGGUGUCGCCUUGUUGAAACCAUCUUACAAGCGGAUGAGGAUCGCUUGGAAGAGAUCAUAUCGGUGCUUCUGAAGGAUUAGCUACCUAAACCCAUUCGUUUUACGGCACACAAGUCAGUUUGCUCGAGUAAGACAGGAACCCAGUUCACGGCUACUGCAACAAACAAGUGCUUGUUUAAUUCAGUUCAGUGCACAAGGGCUGAAAAUUGGUGAACUGAAGGCGUAAACAAUCAAAGCAGUGGAACAGAACAUCGACUCUACGUCAUUUGCAGUGUGGCUCGUAAUGGCAGCAAAUCACUGUGAAAUCUGUGAUAUGCUUGUGGACCGUCAGUCAUAGUCCGGCGUUGCAUAAUUUUGGACCGCCCACAUCCACUCUUCUAAGCCUACGGAUGCUAUCCCCCAUCGACCAAAUCCCCAAGUGCGUCUCAUUUACCACAUGUGCAUCCAUAAUGUAUCGGCACAAAACACUCGCUUUUCGUGCCUGUAUGGUGGAUGUUUAAUUAUGUGUGCAACCGCCGGAUCCACAAUGUUUACCGGUGUCACACUUGAAUGUAUGCACAGAGUUGUGAUUUGUCCACGCGAAUAGGGCAUCUUGAUGAGCUUCUAUAGCAGGAUUGUAACUGCAAACUCACCCUCACAAUUACUCAAUCGAGCUAGGCUCUGUUACCGGAAGGCUAAUGCACAAUACAUUUAGAUGCGCUCAGCGUGCCGCC